CCGGUCGAGGGGCGGUGCGGCAGCUGUGGCUGACGAGAGCCGGAGAAGGCGGUGGGUGGAGGUGGCGGUUGCAACGCGGGCGCCUGAGGAGAAGGAGGAGGAGGAGAAGCGGAUAAGCAGGUUCCGGGCCCCACAGACAUCCCAUGCAGCCUCUGAGUGGCACGUCCAUGUGCCCUGUUUUGUGCCAGAAACAGUAUGGUUUUUAGAGCACCAUGGGGCCUGAUCGAGUGACAGCCCGAGAACUGUGCGAGAAUGAUGACCUGGCCACCAGCCUUGUUCUUGAUCCCUACCUCGGUUUCCGCACCCAUAAGAUGAAUGUCAGCCCUGUGCCCACCCUGCGGCGACAACACCACCUUCGCUCAGCACUGGAAGCCUUCCUACAGCAACGGGACCUGGAGGCUGCGUUCCGGGCCCUGACACUGGGAGGCUGGAUGGCCCACUACUUCCAGAACCGCGCCCCUCGUCAGAAGGCUGCCCUCAAGACCCACAUUUUUUGCUACCUCCGAGCCUUCCUGCCUGAGAGUGGCUUCACCAUUCUGCCCUGCACCCGCUACUCCAUGGAGACCAAUGGAGCCAAGAUUGUGUCUACCCGUGCUUGGAAGAAGAAUGAGAAGCUGGAGCUGCUGGUGGGCUGCAUUGCAGAGCUGCGUGAAGAGGAUGAACACCUGCUCAGGGCCGGCGAGAAUGACUUCAGCAUCAUGUACUCCACCCGAAAAAGGAGUACCCAGCUCUGGCUUGGCCCGGCUGCCUUCAUCAACCAUGACUGCAAGCCCAACUGCAAGUUUGUGCCCUCAGAUGGAAAUACUGCCUGUGUGAAGGUGCUACGGGAUAUUGAGCCGGGGGAUGAAGUGACUUGCUUCUACGGUGAGGGCUUCUUCGGUGAGAAGAAUGAGCACUGUGAAUGCUAUACCUGUGAGAGGAAAGGCGAGGGAGCUUUCAGACUUCAGCCCAGGGAGCCUGAGCUUCGGCCACAGCCCCUGGACAAGUAUGAGCUCCGAGAGACCAAGAGGCGCCUGCAGCGGGGCUUGGACAUCAGCCAGCAGAGCCUGAUGAGCCCGCGGGCCUGCUCCCACCUGUCCCCACUGCGCCCUGACCCAUUCUGUGCUGCCUGCCAGCCCCCAUGCCUGCUGCCUGUUAGCCCCAACUUGGACUACUUGCCCCUCUGGCUACAGUGGGUGCCUCAGCCCCAGCCUAGAGUACGUCCCAGGAAGCGCCGCCGUCGCGGACGCCGCCGUCGCCCCAGGAUCCGACAGGCUUCAUUGCCCCCUAUCCUCCACACUGCCUGUGUCUCCCUACACCGAUGGGGAGGCUGUGGUCCCCACUGCCAACUACGGGCUGAAGCCAAGGUGACCCUACCCCUGCUCCCCCAGACUCGCUGGACCCCACAACAGGACUGGUACUGGGCCCGGCGCUAUAGGCUACCUUCUGUGCUGCGUGUGAAACUGAGCCGCCUAUCCCCAGCCCUGCCAGCUGCUCCUGCCCCUGCUGGGAGCCCAGACCCUGUCCCCAUCCCUAACCUCGUCACUAAGCAGGCCCUUGCCUUUGCUCCUUUCUGUCCACCUAAGCGCCUCCGGCUAGUGGUCAGUCAUGGUUCCAUUGAUCUGGACAUCGACAGUGGUGAGCCAUGAUGGGCUGCUUCCGAGGAGCCCGGAAUGGAGUGCAGAGCCUCUGUCUUGAACCCCUCCAGAAGGGAAGGAAGGAGCUGACCCUUAACCCAGUCUGAUGCUGGGAGUGUGUUGUUUGGGACAUCCCCAAAAAGUUGAUCCGUGUUGCUCUAUGGCUGCUGACCCCUGAGCCAGCCCCAACCCAGCAGAGACCCCUCGUCAUUUGAUGUCCCUGCCCCCACCUCAGGACUGUAGGAGUCAUCCCCCUCCCAUCAGCCUCUUCCUCCCCAGGGAGCAAAGCCAUAAGGGGGUGGGGGCCACUCCAUGGCGACGACUCUCCAGAAGGCCAGUCCUCAGGAGGUGGAAUUGACUUGGGGGUUUGCCUUCUUCGAGCUGCUCCCACAGUGGGGAGUGAGUUGGCUCUCAGCUCUUCAGUUGAUGGCGGUAGGGGUGGUCAGAUGGGGUGGGUGGUACCCUGGGGCACAUCCUUGGCUCUGCCCCAUGGGUCUCAGGGAGGCCAGGUGUGACCUCAUCUUUUUCACGGUGCUAUCCCUGGUGCUACUGGCGUGUAGGGGAGGCUCCCUCUCCUCCCCACACCAGAAUGGGAUAUGAUGGGGGAUUGGAAGAACUUGAACUUUUUAUUAAAACAUUUUAAGCCCUUA